AUGCUCGCGCUGAUCGCCAUCAUGACGGUCGGAAUAGAGCUUCGUGAUGCCAACGCGACACCUACAACGAUUGCUGUCAGUGACGUCAACAUGACGGACGCCAGCGCAAACGCCAUUCUCGAGUACGACACAGUCGAAUCCGCCGUCCUUUCUAACAACUCCCGCGAGUGGCCACCAGCGCUCGUGAGGCGCUUGCUCUUCGAGCACUGGAACCACAUCAAGAAACCGAGCUCGAGGAUGGUCGUCCCCGGCAAGUGCCAGCGGGUCGUCGAGCACAAGCUUGCCAGACUCAAAAAAGCACAACCGCAGUGCUAUCUGGUGAAAUGCGUCCGAGACGAGCGCGCUUCAGGGUGCUAUUCGCGAGGCUAUGAAGAGCAUCCGCGAGCCCGCGAAUCGCUCCUCGUGCUGAGCAAAUCAGAUGCGACGCUCUUCGACGGCGAUACCGUCGCCGAGCUCGUGACGGAGCUGGUCGACAUGAAGCGGCGCAGCGGAGCACCGGACGCGGAGACGGACCUCAAGAUCGUGCUCGACUUCAACAGAAGCGGCCAGGGUGGCGUGGGCAAGUCGACGCUCAUUGCACUACUCGUGCAGGAAUGGCGAAGCCAAGCGCUCAACGUGCUGGUGACAGGCUCAAGCGGCAAGGCCGCCGCGCUCCUCGGCGGCGUAACCGACCAGCCGUACAUGUCGCAUCGCUGGGUCGAGUUCACGCUAUCAGAGCUGACGGAGAUCGUGCGCACUGACCCCGACCAAAUCGAGCUGGCCGAAAUGCUAUCUCACGCGCGACUCGGUCAUGAGCACCUCACGCAGAGGGACCGGCAGUUGCUUCAGUCGCGAGUCUGCGCCUGCCAUGGCGGCCACGUACCGUUCACGGACGUGAUGCGCAUUCGACCACCAGGUGGCAAGGCAAAGGACGAGCGUGAGGUUUCCAGACAGGUAACGCACUGCGUGCCGUGUGGCGAGGCCACCAUCCUCGCCGCGCGGCGCCACAAGGUCCAGGCCUUAAACGACGCUCACGUGGCUGAGAGGAUCGACGCUGCAGGUGUCGUCGAGGCGCUUAGCAUCGACCGGUACGAUGGAGGAGGAUACGUGCCGCCGAGCGAGCAGAAGAAGCUGUCGGACCGCCUGUCCGGCUUCGCCGCCCGACUGCAACUCUACAUCGGGCAGCACCUCGUGAUUACGGCGAACCGCCAGCGCCACCACGAACAACAUCUGAACGGGAACAUCGUGCGCGUGGACAACAUCCAGCUCGACGCCAGCGGCCAGCCGAUCGCGCUCAAAACCACGCUCGUCGACACAGGCGCGGAGCUGGUAAUUCCACGGUUCGAGUCCAACCGCGUCCGCCUGGGCGAAGACAUGGCCAGCCGCACGCAGUUCCCGGCUCGCAACCGCCGUUCCUCGUCUGGUGCGACCCUCGCGAAUGAGGCGUACGUCGCUCUGUCACGCAUCAAGCGCAUCGGCGACCUGCACCUGUGGCAUCUCCAUCUCGACGCCAUCAAGUCAAACCCAGGGAUCGACUACCAAUACACUCUUCUGCACCAACGGCGUCUGCGCGACUGCAUUCAGUCGAUGCCGGACCGUGAGAGAGUGAGUGCGACUCUUCCUCUCGCACGCGUCGCGGCGGGGAUGGUCGAGUCUGACUAA